UUUCCAGAAUAUGAAAACUUGGAGAUAAUUAUUGUUCUCUUUUUUUCUCUUCAUUGUUAAAUGAUAAAAGAAUUUCUGACAACAGAAUAGCUUUAUUCAGGACAGUACUUAUGACCUGAGACACUAAUCAUAUCUUUAAAAAACUGACCACAUAUUAACAUUAAUUAUAACUGUUCAUAUGUUGAACUGUGAAGCACAUUGUUUCUAAGUGGGGCAAUUUGAUAUUGCUCUCCAAACAGAAAACCAACUCUACAGUUGUCUCAAAAGCAUAGAAAUGAAGAACCUCUGUGAAAAAACAUUGUCUCUUUCUGUUUCUGAAGCGAACAAUUCCAUAAUGAUGUAAGCCUCUCCCAACAUCUGGAUGUGGUGCUAAAGACAAAGCAUUUUUGACAUCAGCUGUGCAAAGAGGGCCUUUCCUUAAAAUAACUUCUAGCCAAAUUUGUAAUCAUCAGCAUGCACAGAAUGAAAAGAAGAGUGAAGAUGACUUAGACAAGAGGUUGUUUCCUUGAACCACAAAAGGAAAAUGUGAGAUUGUACUUGCAACAUUGCAGGGAAAGACAUUUUUUUUUGUGUGUAUAUUGGACAGGUCUUUGUGGAUUUAAAUCAAGUCAGAUGUCAUCAAACGAAUCUUCUCCUCCAUCCUUACAGAAGUUUUCCUCAUCUAUGUCCCAUGCUGCUGCUCCACCUACCCCAUCUUUAUCCUCAAGUCCACAAUCUGGACUCUCAGGCCGACUUUCCAAUGGCAGCUUCAGCACACAAAGCCUCACUAACUCCAGAGGAUCUGUACAUGGAAUCUCCUUUUUGCUGCAGAUUGGUCUCACUCGAGAAACAGUUACAAUUGAGGCUCAAGAUCUCUCCCUAUCUGUUGUUAAAGACCUAGUGUGCUCUGUAGUUUAUCAAAAGUUCCCAGAGUGUGGUUUUUUUGGCAUGUAUGAUAAAAUUCUUCUGUUCCGCCAUGAUCUGAACUCAGAAAACAUUUUACAGCGAAUUACAUCAGCAGAAGAGAUACGGGAAGGUGAUCUUGUUGAGGUUGUUCUGUCUGCAUUAGCUACAGUUGAGGAUUUCCAGAUUCGACCUCACAUGCUUUACGUUCAUUCUUACAAGGCCCCCACCUUUUGUGACUAUUGUGGAGAGAUGCUUUGGGGCUUGGUACGGCAAGGACUGAAAUGUGAAGGGUGUGGAUUAAACUAUCACAAGCGAUGUGCUUUUAAGAUUCCAAAUAAUUGCAGUGGGGUAAGAAAGAGGCGGUUAUCUAAUGUGUCUUUACCAGGAGCUGCACUUUCUGUCCCAAGAUCUGUACAAACUGAAUCUACAUCCACAGAAGAGCGUUGCCAUCCAGAGCCCAGUAAAAGGAUUCCUUCAUGGAGCGGGCGUCCAAUAUGGAUGGAAAAAAUGGUGCUCUGUCGGGUGAAAGUCCCACAUACCUUUGCUGUUCAUUCUUACACUCGACCCACCAUAUGUCAGUACUGCAAACGAUUGCUCAAAGGCCUUUUUCGCCAAGGAAUGCAAUGUAAAGAUUGCAGAUUUAAUUGUCACAAACGCUGUGCCUCUAAAGUACCUAAAGAUUGUCUUGGAGAAGUAGUCUUCAAUGGAGAACCAGCUAGCCCUGGUCAAGAUACUGAUAUGCCAAUGGAGGUUGACAGCAGUGAAAUGAAUAGCGAUGUUGGGAGGGGACUGGAUGAUGUGGAAGAACCGUCUCCUCCAGAAGACAAAAUAUUUUUUAUGGAUCCAGCAGAUCUUGAUGGAGACAAAGAUGAAGAGGCUGUCAAAACUAUCAGCCCAUCAACAAGCAAUAAUAUUCCAUUAAUGAGAGUUGUACAGUCGGUCAAACACACAAAGAGGAAGAGCAGUACAAUGGUGAAGGAAGGAUGGAUGGUUCACUACACAAGUAGAGACAACCUGAGAAAAAGACAUUACUGGAGAUUAGACAGUAAAUGUCUUACGCUAUUUCAAAAUGAAUCUGGGACAAAAUAUUACAAGGAGAUUCCACUUUCUGAAAUUCUUCAGGUGACUCAGCCACGGGAUUUCUCAAAUGUGGUGCAAGGCAGCAACCCUCACUGUUUUGAAAUAAUAACUGACACAAUGGUGUACUUCGUUGGGGAGAACAAUGGCAGCAAUCACCAUAGCCCUGUUUUGGCUGCGACUGGAGUUGGAUUGGAUGUAGCCCAGAGUUGGGAGAAAGCUAUUCGUCAGGCUUUAAUGCCAGUCACACCUCAGACCAGCACUUGCAUUGCUACAGGACAAGGAAGAGAUCACAAAGAACUGUGUGUCAGCAUUUCUGUUUCAAAUUGCCAGAUCCAAGAAAAUGUGGAUAUAAGUUCAGUGUAUCAGAUCUUUGCUGAUGAAGUACUUGGUUCUGGUCAGUUUGGAAUUGUGUAUGGAGGUAAACAUAGGAAGACUGGAAGGGAUGUGGCAAUUAAAGUCAUUGAUAAAAUGCGAUUCCCUACAAAACAGGAAAGCCAGCUUCGCAACGAAGUGGCCAUUUUGCAGAAUUUGCACCACCCUGGGAUUGUAAACCUGGAAUGUAUGUUUGAAACUCCUGAAAGGGUUUUUGUUGUGAUGGAAAAACUUCAUGGCGAUAUGUUGGAAAUGAUUCUUUCCAGUGAGAAAAGCCGGCUUCCGGAAAGGAUCACCAAGUUCAUGGUCACUCAGAUACUUGUUGCUUUGAGGAACUUACACUUCAAGAAUAUAGUGCACUGUGAUUUAAAGCCUGAAAAUGUUCUGUUAGCAUCAGCAGAACCAUUUCCUCAGGUAAAGCUGUGUGAUUUUGGUUUUGCACGCAUUAUUGGGGAGAAGUCUUUCAGGAGGUCUGUAGUAGGAACUCCAGCUUACCUUGCCCCAGAAGUACUUAGGAGUAAAGGCUACAAUAGAUCGCUGGAUAUGUGGUCUGUAGGUGUCAUCAUCUAUGUGAGCUUAAGUGGCACAUUUCCAUUUAAUGAAGAUGAAGACAUAAAUGAUCAGAUCCAAAAUGCAGCAUUUAUGUAUCCACCAAAUCCCUGGAAGGAAAUAUCUAGUGAAGCUACUGAUUUAAUAAAUAAUUUGCUUCAAGUGAAGAUGAGAAAACGUUACAGUGUUGACAAAUCACUUAGUCAUCCUUGGUUACAGGAUUAUCAAACUUGGCUUGACCUUCGGGAGUUUGAAACUCGCAUUGGAGAGCGCUACAUUACCCAUGAGAGUGAUGAUGCUCGCUGGGAAGAACAUGCAUAUGAGCACCAUCUUGUAUAUCCCAAACAUUUCAUUAUGGCACCCAAUCCAGAUGAUAUGGAGGAAGAUCCGUAAUUCAUUGGGAAAAGCAUUUUAACUAAGUUCUGAUACUUGGAGCAACUGAUGCUUUUACUCUUCAGAUGAUUCAGCCUCCAAAGCCAUGAAGGCAAGAUCCUGGAUCGCUUUGUGGAUGGACAUCUGGAAAGCGUCUUUAUCACUCUGGUUUCUAUUAUGAGUGUGAUCCAGCACUGAGUUAAAAGCCAUGAAGUAUUUGUGUAAUAUUGCCUUAUUGGUACAUCACAGUGAUGUUACUGACAGCGUAUGUGCACAGAGAUGAUGUAUGAAUUUUCUGAGGGUUUUUUUUUUUUUUUGUAAUUUACACAGUAACAAUUUUUAAUGGUUUUCUAAUGAUCUAUUUAGGCAAAGAUACUAUUUUCUGGUAUUUAGAUAACUUUUAUUAGGAAACUGUAAAGAACCAUGAACAUAUAUGCCGUGACCAAAAACUAGAAGUGUGCAAAAUUUUUCAUUUUGAAAUGUCUUGAGUGCAAAAUUUCAUGAAACUCUGCAAACAUCCUGUUUCAAGUGCAGAGUUACUGUUUUGAAUGGGAAACAGGUAGUUUUGAGUGUUUUGGCAGUGUUUUGAGCAGUUUUGCGCUGUUUGAAAGAAAAUCUUUUGCAUGCCUCUUCCUAAAACACUUGAUUUUAAAGGCCCUUUUAACUGAUUAUUUGCAAGUGAACUGCAUAUACUUAGAAAAGCUGUAAAAAUGAUGGGAACCAAUAAUGCUGUUUGAGACCAAGAUUUAACCGUGGAGGCAUAUAAUUUAGUUAAACAGUCUAUUAAGCUAUGGAAAUGCAUAGUAGUAAAAGUACCUGAAUAAAACACACACUGUACAUGUACUGCAAGUGCAACAACAGGAGCUUAAAUUGAAGUUCUGACAAUGUGUUCUCAUCUCUGCAUAUAGCUUUUUUGAAUUGUGGGAUUCAUGGGGCAGUUUAUUACCCAGGCACUCAAAAAGAAAAAUGCUUUUGUUAUUUUUCCACCUUUCUAGUUUUUAACUUUUCAGCAGGUUUGCAGACUUUCUCAGUGCAAUUCUCUAAAAGAUUAGAUGCAUCUAAUAUGAGAAAGCUUCAGCAGAACAUAAUGCAGUUAUUUAAUUUGAAAAGAAUAGUUUCCUUUUGUUUUAUAUUGGUUCAUCUGUCAGCCAAGCACUCCUAGUAUCAGUUGCAGUGUUUCUCUAAUAUCCCAAUUUCUGAUAGUUUAUAAUUUAUGAACCUUUUUUAGGAUGAUGGAAAGUAAAAUUGAGUAAAUUGCAUCCUCAUCAAUUUAUUGUAUGCUCAUCAGUAGUAACAGCCAGAAUGAUUUCAUACAGAAUGAAAAAAGCAUUUUAUUCAUAGAUUAUUCUUUAUCACUUAAUAAUUAGCAAUAGAAAAUGCAAGGGGCUGUACUGAAAAAGAUUGAGGUGUUAAGAAAUCACAAGGUAAAGUUUUCAUGAGUUGAACUUGAUUCCUCUGGACUACAUGGACACAUCCAUAUUUUCUUUGGGCAACAAUAUGGAAGUGGGUUGUCACUGCAUCCUAACAAGAUAGUUCUUUGACUUGUUAGUCUGGUCUACAUCUCUUGGAUUCCCUGGUGAUCUCCCAAGUACCAGUAGGUCCGAUCUUUAGCUUUUCUGAGAUGAGCUAAAGUCAGCUAGAUGCUGCCACUUGCUGCAUUUGUGGCAUUUUAAACUACUAAGUCUGUUUUGUGUGGUAAUUACUAGGUUUUGCAUUCAUAAAGUGGGAACUAUGCAUAUGUGGAUAUAUCUUCUUCAGGUUUAAAAAACUGUAGUGUACGCCCUGUAUAUCAGUCCUUUGAGAGAAGCCAGAUCAAGGAACAGACUCUUCAAGAAUGUCUGGAACUGUUUUAUUGAUACAGGCUAUAGUGACAGAAUCUUGAGAGCCUAUGUUUUCCCUUCCCUUCAGCUUAUAUUCCAGGGAGGUAAGGAGGAACCUGUUUCUAAUAUUUUCUUCACUUCACAGGUUGAAAACAUGUUUUUCUAGCUGUUGCUGCAUGGUUUCUCCAAGACCAUCUCUGAGGCCCUCUACAAUAUGUUUCAGAUAGGGAAGCUAGGACUUUAUGGUCUGGUAUACGAGGAUUUGCAUAUAGAUGGUUCUGUGUUGUUAAGGAAGUAUUGGUCAGACACAUUGCUGCUUGGGGGGGGCUGUUUAACAGAUUUUGAGAGAGAACUGCAUCUCUGCAGUUCUUCAUCUUCAUUGUAUUGGUUUGAUACAGUACUACUUGAUUCUUAAUUUGAAAUCUUAAACACAUUAUCAUGAACCCCCCCAUAUAUGCACAAGUGAAAACCCUUAUUGCAUGAUAUGUCAAAAACACCAUUUAUUUGAAUAAGCUAACCUAUAUGAUUAAUAUUUUAUGUUGACAUGAACUGACCAUAAGGAACUAGUAUUUUGGCAGCAACUUGAUCACAGACAUACUAGGAAAACUGAACUUAAUAAUUUAUAGUAUUACAUUAAAAUGAUUAAAGAAUUCUAUUAAAAUGAUUACUGCUUGUAGCCAUUUAUCCCUUAUGAGUGCUGAUAAUUUCAAACUAAAGAUUAUAAAAUUUAACAUUAUUACACUGAAUUAAAUUUAGCAAAGGAACUUCUUUCACCCGUAGAAAUAGUAUGUCUGUCUAGCCAAGUCUAGAUGAAAAAAAUUACUGCUGGUUCCAAAAUGGUAAUUGGGAUUGUCCUUACUGUUGCAAUAUCAAGUUAUCAACACACUUAACUCAGAAUUAAAUCUAGAAAAAUGUAUUUCUCUUUUCCAGCUAUGGAACUAAUUAUAAUUUGCCAACUGCUACCUUUGCCACACUAGAUGUUAGAGUCAGUGCUGGAAAAAAUAUCCACUGCAGAGAUGGAGAUGAUAAAUAUGUCUUGGUGAGUGCAGUGAUUGAAAGCAAAUAUUCAAAAGUACUCCUAGACAUGCUGGAAGUUGAUUUGGAAUAUAUAAUUGAAACUAUUCUCUUGUAGUCUGAAUAUGUCUGAGCAAGCUAAAUCAUAGCUUAAUCUCUACUAGAACUGAAAGGAUCCAUUUUUCCCUGACUUUUUAUAAACUUAUGCCAAAACAGAAUCAAAGAUGUUCCCUGCAGUAUUCAUUAACAGGGCUAUUGUAUAUGUCUCCUUAGAAAUAUAUCCCACUGAGUUCAGUGUGACUUACUUCCAAGUGAGUAUGUAUAGAAAGCUCAGCAGCUAUAAUUUAAAUAGCUGUAAGCCACUUCUAGAGAAUGCAUUGUACUUCAUGUUAGGCCUCUUAGGUUAUUCUUUUGUUUCAGGAUAACAAUGUUAUAUAGCAGUAGAACAAGAAUACAAAUGUUAUUGGGGCCAAAGAAAAAAAUAACUGGAAAGUUUCUACUCUAUAAUAGCUGUUACACAUACUCUACAAUAAUAAAAUUGUAUAGCUAGGAUUCUUAAACCAUUCCUUUGAAUGCCUAAAAUACUACAUCAAAGCUUUAAAUCACUGAAAAUUGGCAUUUGUUGUUCCAAAUGAAUUUGUACCCAGUAUUGCAUCAGCAUUAAUAUUUCUUUUUGAGAUAAGUUGCAUUCAUUGAAAAAUAGUGCUGUACUGAUUCUAGAAGAUACUUUAGUAAAACCUGUAGCCUCAAAAGACACUGUCAAGUACUUUUUAUAUUUUUAUAUAUCCCAUUUGUAAAUAUCCUCUAAGCUUGAAAAUAAAUUUUAUUUCCCUAC